AUGGGCACAACAGCAGACGUCGCAUUCUCACAGGAUGCCGCGAGCCCCAGGCGCCCAACUCCAAUCGUGUCGUUGAGCCCUCGUACAGCGGAGAUCGCCAUGCGCUAUGCCAAGUCAAAUAUUUCGAACUACCUCCAGGUCGAACGUCCCUUCGAGCUCUCGAUGAGAGCCAACAGGGGAUCGACCCCUGGUACCAGCGUUCGCGAAGACGGUUUUUCGGCCAAGGCGCGUCAAUUCCAGAAGAGAAAGAAGCGCCUUGGAAGGGAGAAACAUCGAUCAAAGGACACAGUACACGAACGCCGCCCUCGUGUCACGGAACCCCCGUUCUACGAGAUGGAUUUCGAUACUGGACUGAACUCUCCGUUCCCGUCUUUCAUUCCUGAGGAGGCCAUCGCAUCGACCUCGGAUGGCCGGGUCCGAUCUAUUCCAGCGACGCCAACCUUCAGAGGACUCGCUAAAGACACUCACUAUUGCCCGCCUGAGCGCUUUCUCGACGUCGUGAAGGGUAAUGAAACCGACGAUGAGCCUCUGACGGAGCGCGAAGUGAAAUGGAACCAGCUAUUGACUGAAGCAGUCCGUCGUGCUCGAGCGUUCCCGCGUGAUAGUUAA